AUGGCUGCUACAAAGCUCCUAGCUUUGCUUCUGCAAGGCCUAAUCCUGUUCUCAGUGAAGGUUCAUGAGAAGCCGGAUGAGGCCGCAUGGAAGCGCAUGGAGGAGCGGGAGAAGGAGAUGAAGCAGGAGAUGACUCAUCUGAUGGAGGAGAUGGAGAGGAGAAGCCGACCUCAGUGGAGCCUGGUGCCCAUGAUCCAGCAGCAGAGGCCUCAGGGGCAGAUCAUCACAGCCUGGGAAGCUGUGCUCUUUGCUGCCAUUGCUGGAGUGCUACUUCUCCUGUUUUGCCUCUGCUGGUGGCUCAGGAAAAGAUGCCCUGAGGCAGACUCAGCCCGAACCAAGGAGGACGUCUUGGCCAUCAGCAUGGAUGAAGAAAAUGAGGAAGGAAGAGCUCUAGAAGGUCUGGAAGAGGAGAAGUUAUCAGACAUGAUUUUUGACAGGUCCAUCAAGUGGCCUGUGCAGAAAAUCAUCUCCAGGAGACUGGUGGUGAAGGGGCUGGUGGAUAAGCUGCUGCACAACUUGCGAAUGCGCCUGUCAAAUAGUUUCUGGCCAGAGCUGCAGAAUGCCAUUGGUGUGGGCAGUGGCUUCGAAGGAUGGAGUCCCGAUGAAGCUGAUCGUGUUAUCUACCACCUACUUCUGCCCCUGAAGCCACCCAUUGGACACAGGUUCCACCUGGAGCCACUAGGGAGCAGGCAGCAGAUUCCAGGCAGGGACUGCCGCAUCCGUGUGGAGCUGGAAUGCACCUGUGGAGGACUGAAGGCGCUGUGCUUCCUCCACCGUCCUGAGAACCAGAUGCCUAAGGUCCUGGACAUCCUCUGCACCAACUCAUACCUUGAUGUGGCUAAACUCGCCCGCUGGUUCAAGGGUUUGGUGAAGAAAGCCUGGGUGACAUUGCUUGAGUCACGUCACUACGAGAUGAAGGUGCUGCCCGACAGCCAGACCUCCUGCCUGAUGCAGCUGAAAAGUCACUCCGGAGACACCUUCAUGCUUGACAUCUUGUUUGGGGUACAGCAAGGUGCCUCAGAUAUCUUCUUCAGCAGCCCCCCUAGAGCAGACAGCAACACCCCAAGCACAAUUUGGGCAGAGAGCUACCUUGUGGCAGAGAGGAAGUUCUUCAUCCAAAUAGCCGAAGAGGUUCCAUAUGGCAGCUACCACCUCAAGUGCCUACACCUCUGCACCACCAUAAUGAAGGGCACAGUCUUUACCCCUGAUAUGAUCAAGACAGUUUUCAUGCACGUCCUCAACACCACCCCCGUGUCAGGCUGGCGCGGAGGGGACUGCCUCAUGCGCAUGGCAGAUGUCAUGAGGUACCUGCACUACGCUCUGGAAGAGAAGCAGCUCGACAGCUUCUUCUUUGGUAAUGCAAACGUGCCCGAGGAGAUCAUCUUGCCUCCAGACUUCAGAAGAUCUAAGCCACCCAACCUCUUUGCGCAUCUGGUGCAAGAUCAGGCUGCCUACACAGAGGCAUUGAGACAGGUUGAGGAGAUUGAGGAGGAGCUUUUGGAGAGAGUGAUCCCAGGGAUCCUAAAGGAAGAGGCGUGCAUGGAGCUGUGCCUCAGGAGCUGUAUGUCAGCACCUGGAGACUGA